AUGGAGCCUCAAACAGACUCGUCGUCUUCCUCCCCAUUAUUACCCGAGAAUACCGCUGCUACAAAAUCUUUUAUGGACAAUUGGCCGUUCCCAGAAAAUACGGACCAAGACAGUAUCAAACAAUUUCUCCAGACGGAACUGACAUGUCCGACCAUCACUUCCCUCUAUCCACAUAUGCACUGGGUGGCCAAACGUUCAGGCAUGCAUAUAGAUGCCCUACACAACAACUUCGUCAAGAGCAGAGAGGUGGUCAUAACAGAAGACCCAGAGCUGCACCUGAUCUGGCACAAGAAAGUCAUUUGGAUGAAGCCUCUCCCACUCUGGCUACUUGAUGAAGAAUUUCGGAACAAAUAUAUCCCAAAGAAUACCGAAACCAGCCAAAAGGACUCUGUCAAAUGUGCUCGUCAUGAUGCCACAGGCUUCAUCCGUUCGUAUACUCGUCUCGUCCGCCACGAAAGUGACUUCCGGAUAGCGCAAGAAAAGAACCUCAUCUCAAAAGACCGAAUAUCCUUUGCGGAUUUUCAACUGCUUACACGACCGUUUCGCGAUAAAGGAGACGAUGAAGUGUCCCAACGCUACCACUACGGUCAAAUUCGCCUCUCGCGGCUUAAUUGGGCUAUCCGAUUCUUCCAACCUUCUGUUCGCCGCUAUCACGGCACCCUCGGUCGUCUUUACUAUCAGCAGUUGUACUGGGAUACAGGUGCUUUUGUUCAGGCCUCGAUCGCUCCCUUCAUCUUCAUAUUUGGUUCUCUUUCGGUCAUUUUAUCCUCGAUGCAGGUUGCACUUGCUGUUGAGACUAACCCACAGAAUGAAUGGGAUACAUUUUCAUGGACCAGCUGGGUCUUCAGCAUUGCUGUCUUGAUUUUCCUAGCUGUAUUCCUGGCAGCCCUAGCCCUCGUAGUGCUGAUCACGUUACUCGGUCAGUUUAUUUGGAGUCGCGGGCAUGGUAAUCAGGGUACAACUAGAACAAUGCCUUGA